AUACUUCAACUACGCUGUGACCGGUGUUCUGGCUACAAGUUCAUUUUGCGACAACUUCCUUUCCACGCAAGGAUUUCAGCGUAUGCAGGAUAGCUAUUAUGUUGAGGUGUAAUUCAUGCUGGUCAGACCUGGAUGGCAAAUCGGUGGUUACAGCCUGCCAGCAUCUCUUCUGCCUAAAGUGCGCGCAGCAGAUUGUGGAGAGCGGUUCCGGUUGCCCAAUUUGCGAGUCGGCCAUUACAAAGAGUACUGUGAAGGUCAUACAAUCCUUGCAAGACGCGAAAUCAUGCCAACUCUUGCUCUGCGGCCAAGCCCCAGAGACAACUUUCGCAGCCGCGCUCACCUCGGUGCAAUUCUAUGUGGCACAGCAGCAGUUGCAGGCCGACCUUAAAGAGGCGCAACUGACGAAGAAAGUCACCAAAGUGCAGGAGGCUUGCCGCAAGAAGCUGGAGGAGGUGCAUAACGGCUAUGUUCAGGCUAAGCGGAAGUACGACGAGGCCAUGCGCUCCAACCAGCAGCUGCAACAAGACAACCAGGAGCUCCAAACCAAGUACGCGCAGAAGUCCAUGCAAGCGCGGAAGCUGCAGGAAAUGCUGAAGAAGGCACAGCAGGAGAUUGAGCUCCUACGGCAGAACGGCGGCAAGGCCGUUGACAUGGGCAUGGGCGGAGGUAGCGGCCGCAGCAUGUCACCUCUUGCACCGCAACCGGGCCAGAUGGUGACCACAGUGCAGCGGACACAAGUGUUCGCUAACUUGCAGAGCCCACCCAACAACGGCUACGGCAACGCACUACAGCAGGCACUCCUUCCUACAAGCGGCAGAGUACAAGGCAUUACCGGCGGAUACCGAAUGCCGCAAGGAGGCCACAACGGAUCAGGUGGCGGCGGGUUUCUGGGGGGCUCCCUCGACCCCAACAGCCCCGGCGGCUUUAUGGCGUCGGCAGGCCAAGGACUCAGACGCACUAACAGCGGCACCUCUUCCGGCGCUGCUGGCGGCAUCUUGCAACCAGGAGGCGCGGGUAUGGGCGCAGGCAGCCAGGACAACGCACUGCGCAAG